GAGGCGGAGGAGAGCCGUGCGCAGCGGCGCGUGUGGGGCCGUGUGCAGACCCGCGUGUGGCGCAGGCUAGGACCCGGAGCAUAAACAGCCGCCGCCGCGCCCGCCGCCUCCCCGGCCUGCGUCCGCGUCUCCGCCGCCGCGGGCCCCUCCGACGCCGAAGGCGUUAUUCGGGAGGACCCCCAGAGAGGAUCAGAUCUGACUGCAGCCAUGAGCAGCAAUGAAUGCUUCAAGUGUGGGCGAUCUGGCCACUGGGCCCGGGAAUGCCCAACUGGUGGGGGCCGUGGACGUGGAAUGAGAAGCCGUGGCAGAGGUGGUUUUACCUCGGAUAGAGGUUUCCAGUUUGUUUCCUCGUCUCUUCCGGACAUCUGUUACCGCUGUGGUGAGUCUGGUCACCUUGCCAAGGAUUGUGAUCUUCAGGAGGAUGAAGCCUGCUAUAACUGCGGCCGAGGAGGCCACAUCGCCAAGGACUGCAAGGAGCCCAAGAGGGAGCGAGAGCAGUGCUGCUACAACUGCGGCAAACCUGGCCACCUGGCCCGCGACUGUGACCACGCGGACGAGCAGAAGUGCUAUUCUUGCGGAGAGUUUGGACACAUUCAGAAAGACUGCACCAAAGUGAAGUGCUAUAGGUGUGGUGAAACUGGUCAUGUAGCCAUCAACUGCAGCAAGACGAGUGAAGUCAACUGUUACCGCUGUGGCGAGUCAGGGCACCUUGCACGGGAAUGCACGAUUGAGGCCACAGCUUAAUUACUUUCCUUUGUCGCCCCUCCUUUUCUGAUUGAUGGUUGUAUUAUUUUCUCUGAAUCCUCUUCACUGGCCAAAGGUUGGCAGAUAGAGGCUACUCCCAGGCCAGUGAGCUUUACUUGCCGUGUAAAAGGAGGAAAGGGGUGGAAAAAAAAUCGACUUUCUGCAUUUAACUACAAAAAAAAAAGUUUAUGUUUAGUUUGGUAGAGGUGUUAUGUAUAAUGCUUUGUUAAAGAACCCCCUUUCCGUGCCACUGGUGAAUAGGGAUUGAUGAAUGGGAAGAGUUGAGUCAGACCAGUAAGCCCGUUCUGGGUUUCUUGAAUAUGUUCCCAUGUAGGAGGUAAAACCAAUUCUGGAAGUGUCUGUGAGCUUCCAUAAAAAACUUUAAUUUUAGCAUAAUGACUGCCUUGGAUUGUCUGACCUCAGUAGCUAUUAAAUAACAUCAAGUAACAUCUGUAUCAGGCCCUACAUAGAACAUCCAGUUGAGUGGGAGUAAACAAAAUAAAAAGACAAACAUGCGUGUUAAUGGCUGUGCGAGAAACCUCGGGAUAGAAGCCUAAACAGGAGCAGCUUCACCGCAGCGUUGAUGCUGGGUAAACAGGUGGUGAUGACAAAGGUGUAGAACACAUUUUUUCAAAGACUAAAACUAAAACCCAGAGUAAACAUCUAUGCUCAGAGUUAGCAUAAUUUGGAGCUAUUCAGGAAUUGCAGAGAAAUGCAUUUUCACAGAAAUCAAGAUGUUAUUUUUGUAUACUAUAUCACUUAGGCAACUGUGUUUCAUUUGCUGUAAUCAGUUUUUAAAAGUCAGAUGGAAAAAGCAACUGAAGUCCUAGAAAAUAGAAAUGUAAUUUUAAACUAUCCAAUAAAGCUGGAGGAGGAAGGGGAGUUUGACUAAA